UCAACAAUGAAGGGAUCAGCCAGUCACAAAACUGUCGACCAGUCUUCCAACCCCUUCCUUCAAAUCUACUACACAUCUGAGCUGGUGCUGUUUGUGAUGUCUGUUGGGAAUGACCUCUUCUUCUGUCUGCUGUACCUUCACGAUCACAUCCAGGAACCUGCAGCCUGGUUUUACUGGCUGCAGGGAGUGUGCGGGAUCAUCUGCCUGCUGAAGACCGCCUUCAGCCUGGUGCACCUCUUCGUUGGCGUCAAAAACAUGGCUGCCAUCGACAAUGCCAAGCGAGAGGUGAACAGGAAGACGCAGUUAGAGAAAGAGAAAGAGAGACAGGAAUGAGUGAGAGCUUCAGCAACAUUUUUUAUCAUUACUAUGAGUGUGUAAUGGUAAACUUUAAAAUUAUUAUAAGGGUGUAAUGGUAGACUUUUUGUCAUUAAUAUAAGGGUAUAAAGGCAAAGUUUUCAAAAUUAUUAUAAGGGUGCAAAGGUUAACUUUUUUAAAAAUUAUUAGGAGGUUGUAACAGUAGACUUCUUUAUCAUUAUUAUAGGGGUGUGAAGGAAGGCUUUUUUAACAUUAU